AAGAUCAGCUGUUAGAGCUCUUACUCCUCUUCAACCAACAGUCUCAUCUGCUUUUUAAAGAUGAACCAGCAGGAUUGGACACGCAUCUUUGAUGAAGAAAUGGCAAUCCUAAGUGGUAAAGGAGACACUUGGAAUUUGGUGUUUGAUGAAAGUAUUGAGCCCAAUAAUCCAGACUAUGGCUGGACAAAAUACUUCAGGAAAACAAGUGCAAGAUUCAGCUGCACCUCAUGUAGGAGAACUUGGCCUUCAAACCGGGUCAUGGUUAUUUUCCACAUGUGCCUAAUUGGUGGGCAGGGCACUGUCAAGGUGAGGCCUUUACGUCAAGAAUGCAACAGUUGUCCCACUGCAGCGAUGGUGAAGCCAUUAGUUGAGCCAGACAACAUUCGGAUCCUCAUGACGAACCUGGUGAAGAAAGUUAGAAGAAAUUGCUACCAUGAAGAAAUUGAAGAGCCAAACAGGGUGUUCAACGCCGUUGAUGUCAAGAGUCCUCAUGAGCCUGAUCAUUGUGAGGGAUGCAGGCUAGGAGUCUGUGACAGAGAUUGAGCUAAUAAUGAUGAAGCUAUAAAAUCUUCUACAAAAUGCCUCUUUCUUUCUCUCUCUAUAUUCAUACUUUUGUGUUUGUCAUUCAGUUUAUUAA